CCACAGGAACGUAACGUUACGCUAAAUUCUUUAUUUGUGGGUGAAACUAGCGGCAUUUAUCACGGUGGGCUGUGUGCCAAAUGGAGGCGCGACGUAUUAGUCAUGUCACCGAGGAUACUAUUGGGGAAGAAAUAAUUAACUCUUUUCAUAGUUCUUAUCUUUAUUCUUAAGAUGCAACUUUCUUCGUAUACGAUAACGUUAGUCCUCUGGAGUCGCGCGCCGCUCCUAGGAUAAUCUCCAGAGGGGACAUUUAAAACUCUCGCUGCUUUUACUUCAUUCGUGUCGCUUCACACUGAAACGUGUGUUCUGUAAGCAUGGCAGGCAUUCCCAAAGCUUUUACUCAUGUGUUAGCCUUUCUAAUAACUGUAAUCUCGGGAUUAAGAGCCAACUCUCUGCAGCAGAUUUUCAUAAAGGAUAUCGUAGCUGUUUACGGGAAAAACGGUUCACUGGAUCUCAAUGGCAUUAACAGUUUAUUGAAGACAAUUGUGCAAGACAAGCCCUUGGAUACGAACAUUCCUCCGCAUGCUCAGUGUGUGUCCGGAGAAGAUAUUCUGGUGCAUUAUGGGCUUCAGAACCUCUCCCAUCUAACAGAGGAGCAUCUGGUCACUGUCUGCCCGGCUCUGCUGAACCAAGCAGUGCUGCCACCCUGUUCAACAGAACCUCCUGUCCUCACUGAUCCCACAGAACUUCACGUAUGGGGAUAUGGCUUCUUGGCUGUUACCAUCAUUAAUCUGGCCUCACUGCUGGGUCUGGCUCUUGUUCCUGUCACUAAAAAGCCCUACUUCCCCAAAGUGCUCACCUACUUCAUUGGUCUGGCUGUUGGCACACUCUUCUCCAAUGCUGCUCUCCAACUUAUACCCGAGGCCUUUGGGUUUGACCCAAAAGCAGACGGUUACGUCCUCCAAGCUGUUGGGAUCUUUGGUGGAUUCUAUGCGCUUUACUUCACUGAAAAAAUCCUGAGGAUGCUCCUCAAACCAGGACAUGAGCACGGACACAGUCACUUCGUCCCCUCAGAGAGUGUCCAACAGAACGGUGGCAUCAUUGCGGCCGACUCUGAUUUCAACUUUGCCAGCGGUGACAAAGCCAGCAUAACCACUGAACCCCCAGUGGAACAGCAGGGGUCUUGCAGAUGGCUCAGAGGAAGACGGCUGUCCAGCGUGAAGACGGUGGCAUGGAUGAUUUCCCUGAGCGAUGCUCUACACAACUUCAUUGACGGACUGGCCAUCGGCGCCUCGUUCACGGUGUCUGUUCUCAAUGGCUUUAGCACCUCUAUUGCUAUCGUCUGCGAGGAAUUCCCUCACGAGCUGGGCGACUUCAUUAUCCUGCUGAACGCGGGGUUGAGCAUCCCACAGGCCGUGUUCUUCAACCUGCUGUCUGCCAUGUCCUGCUAUGUGGGCCUGGUCCUAGGCAUCUUGUUGGGAAACGCUUUCGCCCCCAACAUCAUCUUUGCCUUCGCUGGUGGCAUGUUCCUUUACAUAUCCUUGGCUGAUAUGUUGCCUGAAAUGAACAUGAUUGCCAGUGAACAAGUGCGGAGCACGAAGGACGAUAUCAUUUUUUUCACAAUCCAGAAUGCUGGAAUAUUGACAGGAUUUACCUUGAUUCUUCUCAUCACAAUGUUUUGUGGGAAUAUUAGCCUGGGCUAAUGUCCAUUUCAUUCUGUGCACUUCCCACUCCAGAUGAAACUCUCAUUUAAGCUAUUUAUUUGAGAAAAAAAAAUACUUUAUACUAUUUUUUUAAUCAUUUGUACUGAGAAAACUUAAAAUCAUUAGGUGUAAAGUAAUUUGAUUGGUAUAAGCUGAUUAUUAUGUACAAUUCUAGCCACUGUAUACUGCUGUAAAUAAACUGUACUGACCUGCUAAUCAUGUUUUGUAGAAAAGAUUAAUUUUUGGUCCAUUUGGUGAACUGAAUGAGCAAGUUUGUUACUUUGUACAAUAGGAACUUCUAAUAUCAUACAAAAUAAAAACAGAACAGAACUGUAUUAAAAAGUCCAAAUUUAUGUCUUUUUUUCUUUCUCAUUGGACACAUCCAUCUGUUAUACAGCUGAUUGAUAUAUCUAUACAUUUAGUUAUUUAAUAUUCAUUUAACACAAUGUACACUUAAAAACAUCUUUAAAACAGUACAAUCAGUGCAAUAUCUUUACAGACCAAAUUAAAAACAUAUUCUCUUCAAAAAUAUACAUCUAUAUUGACCUCAGAACAUUAAUUCUAACCCACUUUACAAGUAGUAAGAAUAAAACUUAAAACCAUAGCAAGGAGGUAAAAUAAGUUAUUGGGCAAAUCUCACGAAACCUGUCAAGAACAUGUCCGGGCCAUAUUUCACCCAAAAUCAAAAUAAAUUCUUCAAGAUAUUUCGAUGUUAUUUUCAUCACACUGUCAAGUGUUUACACAGAAUUUUAGUCAUUGUUUUAGUCAAGUUUUUAAAAAUCAUAAAUAAAAACAAUAAUACACUGCACUAUCUACACUACUGAGAAUCUUACAACAAUAAUCAGUGUGAAUUAUGUGAUUUACACAUAAAAAAAAAAGUUAGAGAGAUUUGGGGUAAAAAUAUGUUGGUCCAAAAAUUAUAAUUAGUGCUGUCAAAUUGAUUAAUCACAUCUAACAUCAAAGAUUUUGAUUGCAUAAUAUAUAUGUAUACACACAUAUAUAUACAUUACUUUAUAUGUAUAUACGCAGACACACACGUAAACAAAAACAUUUAUGUUAGAUGCGAUUAAUCGAUUUGACAGCACUGAAUUUAAUAUAUUUUUCUUUUGAUUUUAGGAGUAAAAUGAGACUGAUUUUCGUGAGAUUUACUCUAUUAGGAGGCACAUCAGUUCUAAAGGGCCUAGAACAGCACGGUUCUACUUCAUAGUCACUGAACCAGCAGAACAAACAGAAUGGCAUGGAGUUGAACGCACACGUAAGUUCUCGAAGCACUUAUAUGAGGCACUAAACGGGCCAAACCACACCACAGAACAGCACGUUAACCCGAGGGCUUGUCAUGGCAAGAGGCACAACUAAUCCAGAAAUCACCACUGUACACACUGCAGGCAAAUCAACGACACGAGAGAGGGCGAAUCAGCGAGAUAAGAU